AUGAAGUCCCUCACGCUCCUUCUUUCUGCCCUCUCACUGGCCACCGCCAGCCCUUACAUUCAACCUCGGCAGGUUUCCUACGAUGGGUACCAAGUUUUCCGUGUGCCCGUCGGCCUUGACGCGUCCAAGGUCACCGAGAUCGUUGACAAGCUGGGGCUAGACACCUGGAAGGCCCCCAAUAAGGCUGGAGCUUUUGCCGACAUUGUCGUUUCCCCUGAGAAGUUGCAAGCGUUCAAUGACGAGGUUGCCGGAAUUGAGGGCAUCGAGGUGAUGCACGAGGAUCUUGGUGCUUCCAUCGCGGCCGAGCAAGAGCCCGCAACCGACGUGCUGCUGGACCGAGCUGCCGCCGCCAUCAACUCGACCUGGUUCACAGCAUACCACAACUAUGCAGACCACCUGUCGUUUCUCCGAGGUCUCCAGGCGCAAUACCCUGCCAACUCGGAAAUUGUCACCUCAGGCAACUCGCUCCAGGGGAACGCCAUCACCGGCAUCCACAUCUACGGAAGUGCAGGCAAGAAUGUGAAGCCCGCUGUCAUUUUCCACGGCACUGUCCACGCCCGGGAGUGGAUCACCACCUUGACCGUUGAAUACUUUGCCAACAUCCUCCUGAGUGACUAUGCCACCAACACCGAGACCAAGUCGUGGGUCGACAAAUACGACUUCUACCUCUUCCCGGUCGUGAACCCUGAUGGCUUCAUCUACACGCAGACCGAUCGCUUGUGGCGCAAGAACAGGCAGACGACCUCGGGGAGCAGCUGCCUUGGCCACGAUAUCAACCGCAACUGGCCCUACCAGUGGAACGUGGCUGGUGGUGCCUCGACUAACCCAUGUGCUGAAGACUUCAAGGGCCUUGCGGCCGGUGAUGCCCCCGAGAACAAGUCCCUGAGGGACAAGAUCAACGCGAUCAAGACCCAACAGGGAGUGAAGCUCUACAUCGACUGGCACUCGUACUCGCAGCUGUUCAUGACGCCGUAUGGAUACAGCUGCUCCGCCACUGCCACCAACAACAACGAGCUGCAGUCUCUGGCUGGCGGUGCCUCCAAGGCCAUUGCCUCGCUCUACGGCACGCAGUACACCUAUGGCCCCAUCUGCACGACCAUCUACCCGGCCACCGGCUCGAGCGUGGACUAUGUCAACGACGUGACUGGUGCCGACUACGUCUUUACUGUGGAACUGCGUGACACCGGCCGCAACGGGUUCGUCCUGCCGGCGAGCCAGAUUCUGCCCACCGGGCAAGAGUCGUACGAGGGCGUCAAGUACCUGCUCCGGAACAUGAAGUAA